GCUCGCCGACCAUUUGAGAGAGAACAGCGCACACUGGUCAGUUUCGAGUAAUCCGAGGACGCCCCAAUGCUGGGGCCUCCUGAGUCCUGCAUCCCGAUGACCUCUCCACAUCCCGUCAAUCGAGAUCCUAGAGAAAUCCUCGCAUUCUCUAACAUCACGUUGCAUAUUUCUGCAGUUUAGGGAAUUUGACAUUCCGCUUCGGGACCCCGAUACCGGAGACAUGACGAAGGCGCAUAAACUCGCCCGUCGAGACCGCCCUGUGAGUGGUGGCAAUUAUCCCGAAGUCGCGACAACAACCUACCGAAUAGUGAACUUGAAGGCACGACGCACAAACCGUGAAGCUUUUCAACUUCGCGAGUGUGCUUCACCACAGUUUGAAACCCACAGUUUGGACACCAUCAAACUCUGUGCAUGCCCUGGUUCCGGCUGCUGGCUCUUUUCGAUGCACCCCGCUCCACGUCGCGCUGCUGCGCUGGGUUCUAUUCGCCUAUGUACCCCAGAAUCCGAAUUUUCCCUGGUGUGCAGUGCAGCUCGACAGGCUCUGGUUGUUCGGUGUCUUAACGCCCGUGUUAAGCCUGAAUUCGAAUAUCCCUCACGAGGCCGCCGUCGAAAGCUCCAACAACAACAUGAUGAGUGUGCAGAAGAGCGCAGGCCACGCUGCGGUCACUAUCCUGGAGUGACGUACGCAAUUCGGUAGAUCUACCCUUUUACCAGGUGCGACCUCCGGUAAGUAAAUUGAAGCUAACGGGUCUCGAACCGUUCAUCGCCCUUCUUGAGCCUCAAUUCGUGUUCAAUUUCUCUUUCCCAGCACGAGCUUCUGCCGCUGCAGCUGGUUUUUCCCAAGCGAGA